AUGGUUGCGUCAGUACUUCAGAUUAACUCUCACUGCUACCUCAAAGGUGUUGUGCUACUGGAAACGCUGGAGACAAUGGUCAGUGAGGACUACAUGCUGGCAGUCAUUCGCAGUCUUGUGGCCACAAAAACUUCAUUUGACCUGGAAAACUUGCUGUUUUACUUCGACGACAUCGCUGUUGACGUCAAUGUUACCCUUGCACAGGUUUACAAGUUUUGGUUUACCACUGGCGGAUUUCCAGCGAUCAAAGUGUCCAGCAAUGUGCCAAGUAUUGAACUGCGACAGCUGAGCGAAUUUCCAUGGCCACUUUGGCUCUCAUCUUAUCAGCCACUACCGCGAUUUAUUUUUGCAAAAACAAUCAGUCUGCCACCGAAGGACGGGCCGAUGCUUAUUAAUCUCAACUUCACCUCUUUCCUCAGGGUUAACUACGAUCCAGUCACUUGGACAAGCAUAUUCAGCCUGAUGGACGACCACCCGGAACUGUUCUCAACCCUCGGCCGUGCUCAGCUCAUAACCGACUUCUGCUAUUUCUAUGCUCGUGGAGAUGUAGACAAUGGGAUGGAAAUCAGGGAAAUCGUUGUGGAGAUGGUUUAUCGCAAUUCGGAGUUGUUCGAAUUGUGUGACUGGCACUUGCUUUGGUGUCAUUCAACCCUGCCGUCAUCUCUAAGGCAGCUGCUUCAGCAAGUAGCACUUAGAGCGUUUAGUCUGUUCGGCACUAACGCGGCGUUUGGUUGUCGUACUGGUUUGGCUGCCCGCGACCUCAACGCCAUUUGUAGCCGUGUCUUUACCACGACAUGUAUCUGA